CCCAGUGAUCACUUCCUGAGGAUCCGAGCUUGCGGCAGCUUGGGAGAAAUGGCGGACCGGGGUGAAUUGUUCGGCAGCGAUGGAGACAGCGACAACGACAACGACCAGAGAGAAUCCGUCUCUGGCUCCGGAUCGGACUCUGAGCAGGAGAGACCUCGAUCCGUCAGCAACGCCUCAGGCAGCGACAGCGAGAGGGAGCGGGACGACGACGAUGACGACGAAGGCCACGAGACGGGAAAGCCGAGCAUGAACAAGGAGCUGUUCGGCGACGACAGCGAGGACGAGCAGCGCAGCGGCAGCGACAACCAGUCCGAGCGCUCGGGCAACCAGUCGGACGCCAGCAUGCACUCGGACCAGGGGGAGAACGACCGCUCUGACGCGGAGCAGCACAGCGGGUCCGAGCGCGACCAGAGGGAGGAGGACGAAGACGACGAGGACCUGGCCCACCGGUCGGAUGGAGGGAGCCCGGCGAGCAGCGCGAUGUCCGGCGGUGGAAGCCCUCACUCCGAGAGGGACAGCGUUCGCUCGGACAGAAGCAUGCACAGCGAGCCCCGGACGCCGCAGUCGGGGCCGGGCACCCCCCACUCUGACGGGGAGGCUUCUGGCAGGGAGAACCAGUCAGACGACGAGAAGUGGGUAGGGGGCGCUAAGAGCGACCAGUCCGAGGACGAGGAGGAGAAGCGCCCCUACUCCGACGAGGACCGGGAGAACUCGGACGACGAGGCGCCGAGAAACAGGAAACCAGAGUCUGCAAAGGGCAGCGACAGCGAAGACGACUUCCUCAGACAAAAAAGCAAACCCAAAGCCGCGUCGGACUCCGACUCAGACAGCGACGGCGGAACGAAGAAGACGGUGAAAGCGGCAGCGGAUGAUCUGUUCGGAGAAGCUGACGACAUUUCUUCAGACAGCGACGCAGAGAAGCCGCCGACCCCGGGGCAGCCUCUGGAGGGAGACGACGUGAUGGAGGGAGACCAGGCCGAGGAGGAGCCGGCGCCCGAGACCCGGAUCGAAGUGGAGAUCCCGAAAGUGAGCACGGACCUGGGAUCAGACCUUUAUUUUGUCAAGUUGCCCAACUUCUUGUCCGUGGAGCCCAGACCCUUUGAUCCCCAGUACUACGAGGAUGAGUUUGAGGAUGAAGAGAUGCUGGACGAGGAGGGUCGGACCAGACUCAAACUCAAGGUGGAAAACACGAUCAGGUGGAGAGCCAAACGAGACGAGGAGGGCAACGAAACGCGAGAGAGCAACGCCCGCAUCGUCAAGUGGUCCGACGGCAGCAUGUCCCUCCACCUGGGCAACGAAGUGUUUGACGUCUACAAAGCUCCUCUCCAGGGAGACCACAACCACCUGUUUAUCCGACAGGGCACGGGGCUGCAGGGCCAGGCCGUGUUCAAAACCAAGCUCACGUUCAGACCCCACUCCACAGACAGCGCCACCCACAGGAAGAUGACGCUGUCUCUGGCCGACCGCUGCUCAAAGACGCAGAAGAUCAGAAUACUCCCCAUGGCUGGCCGAGACCCAGAGUCGCAACGCAACGAAAUGAUCAAAAAAGAGGAGGAGCGUCUGCGAGCGUCGAUCCGCAGAGAGUCCCAGCAGAGGAGGAUGAGGGAGAAGCAGCACCAGAGGGGCCUGAGCAGCAGCUACCUGGAGCCGGACCGCUACGACGACGAGGAGGAGGGCGAGGAGGCCAUCAGCCUGGCCGCCAUUAAGAGCAAAUACAAGGGAGGAGGAGGCCUGAGAGAGGAGAGAGCACGGAUCUACUCGUCAGACAGCGACGAAGGCUCCGAUGACGACAAAGCCCAGAGGCUGAUGAAGGCCAAGAAGUUGGACAGCGAUGAGGAGGGUGAGGGGUCGGGCAAGAGGAAGGCUGAAGACGACGAAGAGACGACCACUAAAAGGGCCAAGAAAUAUGUAAUCAGCGACGAAGAGGAGGAGGAGGAGGAGGAAGAGGAGGAGGAGGAUGAUGAAUAGUUGACUUUUUCUAUUUUGUUUUUUAUAAUUUCCACUGUAUGACCAGUGUUCAGUCCACAUGGCGUAUAAAUAGCCAUGUUUUGGUUUGUAUAUUUUCCUACGUGCGUGGGUGAGCGUGUGUUGGUCUGUUUGUGGCGUUGUACAGCAGAGGUGAGAAAUAAACGGUCGCCUUACGUAAACCGAAGCUUCCCGGAAA